CAGGUUCUUGUUCCAAGGAAUAGAAAGAAUAAGGUAGUUUGAUCACAUCACAAUAGUUUGAUUACAGAACACUAGUACAUUUAUCAGACAAGGCUGCAGUGCCUCAAUAGCACUGAUUCAACCAGGAAUGAAGGUGACUCAACUAGACUGUCUGUGUGUGAUUCUUCUACAUCUCCUACACACAGCAGGCUCUGAGAAGUUUGAGGUUCUUGGUCCAACUGAUCCCAUUGUUGCUGUGGCUGGUGAUGACAUCAUUCUGCCAUGUUACCUCAAACCCAACAUCAGCGCUGAGGACAUGACAGUGGACUGGCUGAACCUGGACUUCAAAGACAGUCGUGUCUAUCGUUACCAAAACCACAGAAUCAUACGAGAUUAUCAGAUUCCCUACUAUAGAGGAAGAACUUCACUGUUUGAAGAGGAGCUGUGGAGGGGAAACACCUCUUUGAAACUGACCAGGGUACAAGGCACUGAUGAGGGACGUUACAAAUGCUUUAUUAAGGCAAAGAGCUGGUAUGAUGAUUUCACUAUUCAAGUCCUCGUUAAAGAGAGGGGAGGGAUGGGUCUGCUGUGUGAAUCAGAAGGCUGGCACCCUGAGCCUGAGCUGGCGUGGCUGGACAGUAAAGGAGUCCAUCUCUCUGCUGGACCUCCUGAAACACACAGAGACUUCAAGGGAUUCUACAGAGUCAAACAACAUGUCAUUGUCCAGGAGACUGACACCAACCGCUUUACCUGCAGAGUCCAACAGAGCCGGAUCAAUGAGAAGAUGGAGACAGAGGUUCACCUCCUAUAUUAG